ACUAGCUAAAUGCAAAAGAAAUUUGUGGAUGAGCGAGUUGGGGAGAGCAUUUCCGCCUUUUAUCUCUCUGACGGUUUUUAUUUGUGGAAUAAUUUCUAAACUCAUCAUCUGUACUUUAAUGUUAUUACUCAAUCGGAAUACAGAAGAAGGUUUCAGGAUCUAACAUGGAGACAGGAAUCCGCCGGCUCGCUGCACUGUCGUUUCUUCUCUAUACUGUAUAUUCUCCCUGUUUAUGUAUAUCCAGCUCUAAACAGAUCAACCCUCUGCUGUAUGACGAGCAGCUGCUGUGGGUGAGCGGAGCCCAGGGGGAGGUGAACACCUACAGGAUCCCCCUGCUCACCUUCACCCCCAAAGGAAGCCUACUGGCCUUCGCAGAGGCCAGGAAGGGGACGUAUGCCGACACGGGAGCAAAGUUCCUCGCAAUGCGGCGGUCAACAGAUAAAGGAGCCACCUGGUCCCCGACCGCCUUUAUAGUCGAUGAUGGAUCGCAGCCAGAUGGCCUGAAUCUGGGAUCAGUGGUGGUGGACGAGGAAGUGGGCUCAGUGAUUCUAAUCUACGCCAUCUGCUUUCACCAAUACCUCUGCAACCCGUCCAGCACCAUGAUGGUGGAGAGCAGGGACGACGGCCUCAGCUGGUCAACUCCCAGAAACCUGUCGGUCCAGCUGGGAGUGAAAAACUUUGCUCCCGGGCCGGGUUUCGGCAUCCAGAAGCACUACCUCCCAGCUAAGGGGAGGUUGGUGGUGUGUGGUCAUGGGACAUUAGCGGGAGACGGAGUUUUCUGUAUCCUGAGUGAUGACCACGGACGUAACUGGUACAACGGCGCCGCACUGAAAAGCAUUCCUUACAACCAGAAGAAGAAAGCCCUGGAUUUCAACCCUGACGAGUGCCAGCCGGUCGAGAUGAUGGACGGCAGCAUCGUGAUCAACGUGCGGAACCAGAACAGCUACCACUGUCGGUGUCGCGUGGUGGUACGCAGCCGUGAUGGGGGAUUGUCCCUGCCCAUAGACGAUCUGUACUUUGACUACAAUCUGGUGGAUCCUGCAGUAGCAGCUGGAGCUCUGAUGAAAGACGGAGUGCUCUUCUUCACCAACCCCUCCAAUGAGCAACACAGAGUUAACCUGACUUUACGUUGGUCGCUGACUAAUGGCAAUUCUUGGGUGCAACAAGCUGUGCAGAUAUGGGCCGGUCCAAGCGCCUACUCCUGCAUCACAUCACUGAACAGUGGCUCUACAGAGGACCAGAAGUACAUAUUUGUCAUCUAUGAGAAGGGCCACAAGGACUAUUACGAGACUGUCUCGUUCGCCAAGAUCCACCUGUAUGGUGGCCAUUAGAGCAUGUGAGAAGGAGAAUCAAAUGUUGGAGGGAAAGGGAAACAGGAAGCUGUUGUUUACUCCCAUGACUUUCUCAGGAAGAAAAAAAAAGACAAUUUUAAACUCAUUUUAUAAUAUUGAAAAUGGGAGGCUGAGCACCGUGAAUGUCUAACAGUCUUUGUUCAGCCUGUGAUGAUGUAUAAAAUACAACUUUCUCCUUAUUUUAUUUUUCUCUUCUCUAUAAUUCCCACACUUUAUAAGGUCGCAAAUCUCAUUUUCAUUUUCCUAUGUUGUUAAGUGUGUGUAUUUGCUAAAACAAUUUGCACAGCCAAAAUGUUUAGUGAGUUCCCUGUUCCUACACAAAAAUGAAACUAUGACCACGCAAGGGACAGUUAAUGUUGAAGAUUAAAGGUUUUGUAGGGGACAACAACAUAUCAUUUUUACAGUAUAUGAUCACGAUGAAAAUAUCACAUCUCAGCCUUCAAUAAAAGAAAAAAGAAAAAAAGAAAUUUAGCGCUUUGACCAUUGUGUUAAUGCAAUAUAGAUUUUAAGCACCUCUGGCAUCUAUCACUGAUUCACAAACUGUCAGGUUCACUGUAUGUUUGACGCUGGUGUGAAAUGAUUCUUAUUUGCACAGAUAAUAUAAUUUCAUAUUUCUACAUUCUUAUAUUAAAUGGAUCUGUGCUUGUAAUUAUAAUUAUUGCCUUUUAUAUGCUAUAUAUGCUGAAAUUGGUUCUUCCUUUUAUAAAUCAGAAAUUGUGAAAAAUAAUGUGAAAUGCCUUUUGCUAUGAGACUGUAUCUGAAUGCUAUUUUCUAUUGGGUUUUUUGGAAUGUCUUUUAGAAAAAUAGCUAUAAUUUUAAAAUGACGUGUGUUUGAUUGAAUGUGAGCGUGAAGAGGUGAGAACAUAAUGUAGCCAAAGUAUCGUCUUUUGCACUUUUGCAGAAUGUAUUCUGAUAUACAGUGUCAUCAGUCUAAACUCCACUCAGAUUUGUAUAUUUUAUUUCCAAAUCAAGUGUUAAUUUAUUCCCUCUAUUACAAGCAUUGUACACAGGGUUAUAGUGCAUUGUUUUUAUGCAGGACAUUAUCUGAUCUGUACUAUCUGUAGAAUAAAUCAAAUAUUUCUACCA